UCAAACGCUCCUGUCGCGUUUUAUUCAACCUCGACGAGCUCAACAGCCGCCCGUACUGAGACAUCGCUUCCUCCUUGCUGCUGAAACCAAACCUUCUGACAAAGGACUAGAACGAGACAUGCUCCUUCAAUUUGCCAUCGACCUCUCUGACUUCAUUGGCCCACGCAAUGUGUUGCAUGUUGCGAGGCUUGGAGCACAAAAGCAAAAACACACAAGAUAGGAAGCUGUUAGCAACCACUCAUUCAUACAGUCUCGCAUUGCCGCCUGGCUAUUUGGCGGAAGAAAGAACAAAGGAUGAGCUGCAGGUUGUUGCACAUGUGUCUGUCGGAACUUCAACGCAGAGUCUCCACCACCAGUUCGGGUUUGUAUGGAGCGUCCAAGCUGAACACAUUGUCCGACUCCCUCUCCGGUCAGCAUGCCAGAGAGAGCUCAUCUUUCUGUUAACCACGCCAGAGCUAAAGGAGGCAAGCCGUUUUGUUAACAAUGGCUCCGUUCAUCCUUCGCCAACACCACAUGGACCGACAGCAAAGCGUCACGACCACCAGCUCGGGUAUGCAUCGUGCGGCCCUACUGGAGGCCACCCUGUCGCGGCUACCUCCCCGGUCGGCGUGCCAGAGAAAGUUAGCUUUCCGUUGAACACGCUAGAGCUAAAGGAGGCCAGGUCGCUACUGACAAAAUGUUUUCCAUGCGGUUGAAAAGUGGAAUGAGUCCAUUACCUUUUAACGCAAGAGCGAAUGAUGGAAAGGAGCGCGAAGAGGUGCAAAGGUGCAAAGGUAGGCGAAGAAAAC